UUUGGUUUCCGGUCUGCGCGGGCGCUGACUAGACGAUGUUCUGCUCGUUGGGCUGUUGAGCGGGGGUGUGUGGGAGUUCGUUUUCUGCGCUUGUACCUUUUCCUCUUCCGUGCCUUUCCCGCUAAAUUGUCCAACAAGGAUUGCUAGGCGACAGUUCCUGGGUUACUUUGGAUUAGGGUCGCUGCCUCGCUUGGGGCCGAAGAAAGGAGCCUCCGGCGUCCUGGCUCUUCCGAGAACGGGUGCUCGGGUGCCGGCAGCCCUGCCGUGGACGAGCACAAUGAGCUUCCUGUUGCCCAAGCUGACCAGCAAAAAGGAAGUAGACCAGGUGAUAAAAAGUACUGCAGAGAAGGUGUUGGUUCUCAGGUUUGGGAGAGAUGAAGAUCCUGUCUGUCUGCAGCUAGAUGAUAUUCUUUCUAAGACCUCUUCUGACCUAAGUAAAAUGGCUGCUAUAUACCUGGUAGAUGUGGACCAAACUCCCGUUUAUACACAGUAUUUUGACAUCAGUUAUAUUCCAUCUACUGUCUUUUUCUUCAAUGGGCAGCAUAUGAAAGUGGAUUAUGGGUGGCAUUUACAAAAGAAGCGUUCCUUCCAGCAAACUAGGAUAUGCUUCUCUCUUGCCAAGUUUCCUGUCUUCUACCACUCUGAGAAUUUGAAUUCAUUCUUCAACAAGACCUGUCAAGAAUAAGUGACAAGACAUCUUCUUUAAUGCCUUCUCCUUCAUCCAAUUACUGUCCCAAUACUUACUAUUCAUUAUUGAAUGUAUCCAUCAUUCUUAUCAUUUCUUACUGUGGCUGAGGUGUCUACUUGUCUAGAUCUGUGUACCUUCUUUGUCAUCUAUUUGAAAGUAUGUUCCAUAUUGCCUGUUUUAAAGUGUUUUAAAGCUAUUUAUUCUCCUGGAACACAGUUGAUGUAAGUAUUAAUUUGGUACAACCUUUUUAGAGGGCAGUUUGUAACACAAUGUAUCAAACACUUAAAAGUGUUUAAACUUUUUAACCCAAUAAUUACAUUUCCAGAAAUUUAAUAUGAUGUACAUGCAUGUUUAAUGGCUUCGAAAGAAAUAUAUGUUAGUUGGAAAAAAGCACAUUCCUAAAUGGUUUGUAUGAUAUAAUUUCCAAUAUCGUGAAAAAAGAAAUACAUGUGCACACACACACAUGCACAUGCAUAAGAUUGGGAGGAUAUAUACCAAAAGUGACCUCUGACCUCACUGGUGAUUUUAUGUUUUUCCAAAAAAUUUCUAUAAUAAACAUACCUGAUGUUUGAAAUAUUUUAAUACCUACCAUUCAAAAAUAUAAGCGAGUAGAACUUGGAGACCAUGACUUGUAAGUGGGCUUUGCACUAGCCAAAAACAGCAAUAAAGAAACAAUGCCCACUCCAACACUUGCUAAUGAUUUGAGAAGUGAUUAAAGCAAAUUUUCAAGUAGAAUCUUUUCACAUGACAAGUUUUCAUGCUAGGGGCCCACAGCACUGGUUUUAUAGUCAUAUACCAAGUGGGGCGGGGGAAAUCAAUGGAAAAAUCAAUGUCAGGCUUUAUGUCUAAAGUCUCUUUGACAAGAAGAAAAGUAAGAAAGCUCCUGUUCGUUUUGUUUAUCCUGCAAGUCUUCAGAAAGUAAUUAUUAAAAGUUCUGAGCGCAGUUGU